CUUUCCGCAGAGAACUCUUCCUCACACACUUACUUAUCUUUUCCCCUCUCUGUGUGCUGGCCCUCAGGGCUCCCUGGAAUCUCCAGAAGUUGCUUCCAUCAUGGCAGAACUCAAGGUGGAGACCAGGACCAGUGUGGACUGGCAGAAGCGCUGCCUGGCCCUGGAAAGCCAGCUAUUCCGGUUCCGCCUGCAGGCCAGCAAGAUAAGGGAGCUGUUGGCCGACAAGAUGCAGGAGCUGGAGCAGAGGCUGCUGGAGGCAGAGCAGAGAGCAGAGGAUGCGGAGACCCAGGUGGGUGUGAUGGAAGAGAAGGUGAAAUUGUCCAAUCUGAAGAAUGUGGACUCAGCAGGCAGCCUGCACCGGAAGUACCAAGAAUUGCUGAACGCCAUGCAGGGCAAAGACGAACUCAUCGGCCGGCUGGAGGCACAGUUGGAGAAGCAGAAGAAGAUGAGAACUGAGGAAGCAAAAAUCGUUCAAGAAAAAGCUGCAAAGAUCAAGGAAUGGGUGACCCUGAAGUUAGCAGAGCUUGAGAUGGAGAAUCAGCACCUGAAAAGCAGUAAUCAGCACCUGGUGGAGCAGGUGGGAGCCCUUCAACGUGCACUAGAAGCUCUUCAGAUGGCACCUUCGGGGAAGCUGCUGGUGGCUCCCCAGGGAACCACAGAGCAGGAUUCUGUCCCUGCAGGACCAGGAGCCCAGCCAGUGGGGCAGGACGGUGGUGCUCAGGCCCAGGGUGCCCUGAAGGCAGCUAUGCCCGUACCUUCUCCAGGUGCUCUGCAGAGCAAGGACUCUGUUCCUAAAGCAGGAAGCCCCUUGGAGGAUUCUAGUUCCAGUAUGGUCCACCCUGGAGAAAUAUCAGAGGCCGAGACCCUUCCACUUCAUCUGGGAGGACAGGGCUCUCCUGGCCACCUGUGCCUGAAGCCUUGCACCCCCAGGCAUGGUUUGGCUUCCUGGGGUGAAGGCCUGGUCAGUGCUCAGGGAGGGACGCUCCCCAGGACGAAGACCUCUGCCAGGGAAGGCGGCCCCGGCUGCAGCCUGACUCUGCCGAAGGUGCGGGCUCCCAGCACCCACCGGGACAGCAUCCAGCUGGCCAAGCGGCACCACAGCCAGCCCCAGGCGGGCCCUGCGCACUUCGACCACGUGGUGAGCAUUGAGAUUGGGACACUCUCAGCCCUCCACUCCUCCAGCCUUCCCAAGGUGGAGGCUGGACCUGAGCUCCGGGAGGAACCAGAGAAGAUGGAGAUGGACGAGCAAUCCCCAGCGGGGAAGAUGGAGGAAGUGGAUUUGGGGAACAAACCACCUACACCCCCCCUGCACCGGUUUCCAUCCUGGGAGAGCCGGAUCUACGCUGUGGCCACGUCAGGCAUGCGGCUGUCCGAAGUGUCUGCUAGAAGUAAUGCCACCUGCUGCGCCUCAAGCCCUCCAGCCCUUGCAUCCCCUGGGCCUUUCUCUGGCCUGGUCUGCAAGAACAUCACCGUGCCGGUCUACACAGCCUUGAAGGGGAAAGCCAUGCAGAUCAGCACAGUGCCCUUUGUGGACGAGUCCUCUGGGUCCGACGAUGACUGCAGCUCCCAGGCGAGCUUCCGAACUUCAGUGCCCUGCUCUGAGUCCAGGAAGACCAGUGGACUGGGCAGCCCCCGGGCCAUCAAGAGAGGCGUCUCCAUGUCCUCGCUGAGCUCUGAGGGCGACUAUGCCAUCCCCCCGGACGCCUGCUCCCUGGACAGCGACUACUCAGAGCCUGAGCACAAACUCCAGCGCACCUCAUCCUACUCCACCGACGGGCUGGGCCCAGGGGGGGAGUCACUGGAGAAGUCAGGCUACCUGCUGAAAAUGGGGAGCCGGGUGAAGACGUGGAAGAGGCGCUGGUUUGUCCUGAGACAGGGACAGAUCAUGUACUACAAGUCUCCGAGUGACGUCAUCCGGAAACCUCAAGGUCAAGUGGAACUGAACUCCCGUUGCCAAAUUGUUCGAGGGGAGGGUGCACAGACAUUCCAGCUCAUCUCUGAGAAGAAGACCUAUUACUUGACAGCGGACUCGCCCAGCCUGCUGGAGGAGUGGAUCCGUGUCCUACAGAGCCUGCUGAAGGUCCAGGCCAUUGGGCCUCCGGCCCUGACUCAGGGCGGCGCCAAGCCCGCUGUGAAGGGCUGGCUGACUAAGGUCAAGCAUGGCCAUUCCAAACUGGUCUGGUGUGCUCUUGUUGGGAGAACCUUCUACUACUAUCGAAGCCACGAGGACAAGCGCCCCCUGGGCCGUCUGCCUGUGCAGGACGCACGCAUAGAGGAAGUAGAUCGAUCCUGUGACUCAGAUGAGGACUAUGAGGCUGGAGGGACCCGGCGGUUGCUUUCCUCCCACUGCACCCUUGUGAUCCACCCCCCAGAGCACAGCCCCACCUACCUCCUCAUUGGCACCAAGCACGAAAAGGAUACAUGGCUUUACCACCUCACAGUGGCUGCAGGUGGCAGCAGUGCCAAGGUGGGCACUGCCUAUGAGCAGCUCAUUGGAAAGCUGAUGGAUGGUGAGGGAGACCCAGAUUCCCCCCUCUGGAGGCACCCCAUGCUGUGCUACAGCAAAGACGGGCUGUACACCUCCCUCACCACCCUGCCCUCCGAGGCCCUGCAGACGGAGGCCGUCAAGCUCUUCAAGUCAUGCCAACUCUUCAUCAACGUGCCCGUGGAAGCGGCCUCGGUGGACUACCACGUGUCCCUGGCGCAGACCGCGCUGCAGGUCUGCCUCGUUCACCCCGAGCUGCAGAGCGAGCUGUACUGCCAACUCAUGAAGCAGACCAGCUGCCGCCCGCCGCAGAAGUGCUCCCUCAUGCAGUGCUGGCAGCUCCUGGCUCUGUGUGCCCCACUUUUCCUGCCUCAGCACCACUUCCUCUGGUACGUCAAACAGCAGCUCCAGCGCCACGCAGAUCCCCGAAAUGAGACGGGCCAGUACGCCACGUACUGCCAGCGGGCAGUGGAGCGGACGCUGCAGACUGGGGAGCGGGAGGCCAGGCCCUCGCGCAUGGAGGUGGUGUCUAUCCUGCUGCGGAACCCCUUCCACCACUCCUCGCCCUUCAGCAUCCCCGUGCACUUCGCCAACGGGACUUACCAGGUGGUGGGUUUUGACGGCUCCUCCACAGUGGACGAGUUCCUCCAGCGGCUGAACCAGGAGACGGGCAUGAGGAAGUCCUCCCAUUCUGGCUUUGCCCUCUUCACGGACGACCCUUCUGGCAGGGACCUGGAACAUUGCCUGCAGGGGAGCGUCAAGAUCUGCGAUGCCAUCUCCAAGUGGGAACAAGCCCUGAAGGAGCUGCACUCCGGAAAGUCUGAGGGUGGCACACGUGUCGUGAAGCUGAUGUACAAGAACAGGCUGUACUUUCGGAGUCAAGUCAAAGGGGAGACAGAGCGAGAGCGCCUGCUGCUUGCCUCCCAAACUAGCGGAGAGAUAGUGGCAGGGAGGUUUCCUGUCAACAAGGAGCUGGCUCUGGAGAUGGCGGCACUGAUGGCCCAGGUAGAGUAUGGGGACUUGGAGAAGCCCAUCCUGCCAGGACCUGGGGGCACACCCCCUGCCAAGGCUCUGCAUCACCUCCAGCAGGUCCUAGACAGGUUCUACCCAAGGCGCUACAGACACGGGGCCCCCCUGGAACAGCUGAGGCACCUGGCAGAUCAGCUGACCACAAAGUGGGCAGCACUGCAAGGCUGCUCCUCUCCUGAGUGCAUCCGCAUCUACCUGACAGUGGCCCGGAAAUGGCCCCUCUUUGGUGCUAAGCUCUUUGCUGCUCAGCCUGCACAGCCGUCUUCCAAGGAGAACACUCUGGUGUGGAUUGCGGUGAAUGAGGAUGGUGUCAGCAUCCUGGACCACAACACCAUGCAAGUGCACGUCACUUAUCCCUACUCUUCAGUGAUGACCUUUGGUGGCUGCCGGGAUGACUUCAUGCUUGUGAUUAGAUCCACUUCAGACCAGAGCUCUGGAAAAGGCCACAUUGAGAAGCUGAUCUUCCGGAUGGCUGCUCCCAAGAUUGCAGAGGUGACCUUCAUCAUGGCCAGCUACAUGAACCACUGCUCCACAACCGUGGACCCACCCCCCAACCCGCCUGCUGCCUGCCAGCCAUGGGAACUGGAUGGACAACAGUUCUUUGCUUCUGUUCCAUGUGCUGCCAAGGGGCCAACGUUGCUGUGAAUAUUCCUCCUACCCCUUUCCCCACCACCACCUGGUGCCUCUGGGAUUAGAGAGAUGUAUCCUCGGGUGCGAUACUACUGUGAUGGGUCUAACAGCCCCCUGCAGCCUGCCCCAGUUGUUCUGUGAAAUGUGUAUUUCAGUGUCCAUGAAGCCUUUACUCUCUAGGUGCCUUAUAAUGUUUCAGGGCCAACCUUUAAAAAUGCAGACCCAGUAUAAAAACCACUUUGUUUUCAUAAGAAUACUGAGCUCUGGAUGCUGCCCAGUUCUAGACACAGAUAGGGAUGGCCCACUGUUACUGGUUACUGAGGGCAUCAGUGCUGUAAGGCAGAAUUUCCUGCACUGCUACUCUCAGGGAGACUAAUAUGUUUAUGUUGUGUAUGGUCCUCACGCAGGGGUUUAUACUUGAAGUUUUCCCGACAUCCCUGAACAGGGAAGGACUAGAAUUUCCAAUUCACCUGAACUCCAACAAAAGCUUAGAACUCACUAAGACUGGACUUCCUUUCCCAUAUGGGAAAGGUGUUGGCAGGGCUGGAGAAAAAGGAGGAGACUCACCUUUCCCCUUCCCCUGGUGCGAACGAGGAGGCAU